GGUUUAGAGCUCUGAGCUCAUGCAGGCACCGCUGUUCAAUGCGGAACGGAAGGGGAGUGUUGCAUCGUUUGUUGGAUGUUUUUAUGGUUAGAAAGUCAAAAUGUGUAACGGCUGCGUGCAAAAAGAGUACCCGGACCGGGGGAACACAUGCCUGGAAAAUGGAUCUUACCUGAUGAACUACCUGGGCUGUGCCAACUGCCACCAGAGGGACUUCGUACUCAUCAGUAACAAAGCCACGGAGGAUGAGGAUGGAGAGGAGAUUGUCACAUAUGACCAUGUUUGCAAAAACUGUGAUCAUGUCAUCGCCAGGCAUGAAUAUACUUUUUCUGUUGUUGAUGAAUAUCAGGAGUACACUAUGCUCUGCAUGCUGUGUGGGAAGGCAGAAGACUCCAUCAGUGUGUUACCAGACGACCCCAGACAAUCUGCACCCCUCUUCUAGACCUCAGAUGUAACUUCUUAGACCAACAACCAGGACUGACUCAGUUACUGUGUUGCUGACUGCUUGCAUUAUACAGAUUCUAUUAAGUACCCCAUAAUUAAGGGUCUCAGUUGUUUACAAACUACUACAAUUUGAUGAUAACUGUUAAGCAGAAACUAUGUUUUUUAAUGAGAGUAAGUUUAUAGCUGGAGGUUCCCCAUAAAGACAAUUAACAAUCUACUGUAAAUAAAUUUUUUUACUCCUCAGAAUUGUUACACUUUUCUGCUUUCUAAACACUUCACAAAAGC